AGGGCGAUUAACGACUUGAGCAACGGGCUAUCUUUCCUUGACGGUUGUUACAAAUCACUUUACUAAUUCAUUUGUUAGGAGGUGUUUGCCCAAGUCUUUGUGUAGCGAAUUAUACUAGCAGACGCAGUUUCAGAGCAAUAAAUUCGGUUAUUUGAUUUUGAGAAUCAGAAUAAUCAAACCAAGUUUGAGUUGUUCGCGGGGCAUCGAUGUAUUAGACUUAUCCUUGUCGGGAAAUAAAAGAUAAAAAGCGUGUUGAGGAAUGAUGUCGCGCUCUGGCCGGGCCUGUUUCGAUACUCCGACCUUUCCCCGACUAGCACGGACGCGCCACCUCUGCGCCAGGCCAACGCUGCGAUCCUGUGUAGAAGCUCGGCGCCACAACAGGUCACCAGCGUUCGAGCAAGGGUUCUACGUUUAACGCUAACUUCCUUCUGAAGUGGGGAAGCCAGGAACCGCUGCCGCAGAUCCAAAUAUUGCUGCCAGCAGCGGCAGAUGGCACUGAGUGCCGUGUUUCCCGCCUCCGUCACGCAGAAGGACAGUGCUGGGAACAAGAGCAGCAAGAUAUGGUGCAUUUGCGAGCCCGCGGGGGUGAUCUGUGUUUUCCUCGCCUACCUGAUUCUGCUCAGCAGCGCGUACACGACCACGUUUCAGAUCCUGGCCACCUACGACACCAUCCCGCUCCCGAUCCGGGGGUGUUUGAUUCUGCUCUACCUCGCCGUGGUCGGCAUGGCGAUCUGGUCCCACCUCACCUGCAUGCUCACCGACCCGGGCGCGGUGCCGCUAGUGGGCGACGACCCCGCGGGCGGGCAGGCGUUGGACGACUUCUGCACAAAGUCGGCCGUCGACGUCGGCUUUGACGUCGAGGCGGGCCCGAUUCGCAUGUGCAAAAAGUGCAAGCAGCGCAAGCCGAAUCGGGCCCACCACUGCUCGGUAUAAUAGUAAGUUACUCACGAUGCUGUUGCUGUGAUUGUUAAUCGAGCCUAGGUCUUCCGAUCAAUCUAGGCUUUUUGUUUUUAGUGUUGUCCCACGCGUAAAGAUGAUAAAGUCCAGAAAAAGGCACUCACUUUCGACAACGAAAACCUCCAACGCGGAUAAAAAAAAAUGAAAACUCAGGUUUGCAAGCGAUGCAUCAUGAAGAUGGAUCACCACUGUCCCUGGGUAAACAACUGCGUGGGGCAGUAUAACCAGAAGCACUUUCUUUUAUUCCUGUUCUACGUAUUCCUCAUGAGCUGGAUGUCCAUCGGCUUUGUGGGACUGCGGGCCUACGACUGCUUCGGACACCACGGGGAAUUUUUUGCAACCCCGUUAGCAUCAAAUGCGGACCUUACGGGGCCAGGCGAGCACGUCUUCUCUUCGUCCGGGGGAACAAAGCCGGAUCAUGGCCAGCACGACAAAGGUGGACCGCACGUCGACGACGCCAGUUCGCCUUUGUCUUUCGCCGAGCUAGACGGGUAUGAAACGCACGGAUCCACCAGCCUGAUAGAGCCCACCAGUCUCACGGGACAGGCCGCUGAUCCGAGCGCGCCGCGGAGACGGCUGUUGCCGUCGGAGGAUUGGACGAGCAGCGGGGACGUGUCGCCCCUGCAUCGCGCCUACCCAACCAGCAGUACGAACCGACGACGCUCGAACUCUUAUCACCCGUGGACGAAGCACGAGCGGGAGCUGUGCAACCCGGACGAGUGGUCCCUGGUGGGCGGGAUCCUGGUACUUUUCAUGGGCGUAUCAAAUGUAAAAAUGUCUGGGUCUGGAAGAAUGCAAGUUUGUCAUGCCUGUCUGGCAUGACUCGAGAAUCUGUGUUGCAUAGGCACGAAAAGGCCCUCUUACCUGUCAUGCAAAAACGCAGUUUGCCAUGCGGAAUCCGUAAGACAUGGGAGCCAAAAAAUUUGUCAUGCAUAGCUGCCUUUUUGAGUAGUUCUACCAUUCACUUUUAGCAUUACAAGUAGUUUCCAGACCCAGACAUUUUUGCAAUCCAUAGGGCGCCACUUUCGGGUUGUUCACCUGCGCGAUGAGCUGCGACCAAAUCUCCGCGAUAACGAGCGAUCAAACCCUGAUCGAGCAAUUGCAGGUAAAGAGGAAUUUGGGGACUUUUACACACAAGUUUGCUUCUCCAGAUGCAAUCCCAUCGCAUCCGCAAAGAUAAACAGACGCUGAGUUCUUGUUGUGUAGGAGCUGCUACCACUUUCUACUAAAAUGAAUGUUGUUUCACAUCAGGCCAAGCGCGCAGAGCGGGAGAUCCGAGAGAAAGCCCGCGCGGAGCAAGAACAGCUACAGAAGCAAGCCCAAGAGUAUGGCGGAACGACGGGUGCGCACCAGAGGAAUUACAACCUCAACGGGGGCAUCAUUGACCCGACCCAUCCCUCGUACAUUCGCGACGGUACGGUGGUUCCCCCAAACGACAGCUCCAUCUGCAGUUCCUGCUGUGGCGACAGCGGGGGCAGUUCCGUUCGGCAAAAUUUUUCUCACCACGCAACGUCUUCGGGGUGGUGCGGAAGCGGGCCAUGCUUCGUCUCGUGCUGUGGUACUUCGGGGCCGCCCCCGCCGACGAGCUCGGUGAAGCCCACGGGCGGCCGAAGGCUGUUCGUGCGGGCCCUCGCCGAGGUCUGCGGCAGCGGCAAGACGAUCAACUGGCGGUGGUUUGUGCCCCUACCGGUCAAGUUGGCGAGUCCCAAAGGGGUGGUGUGACGAGGGUUAUUCAUUUUGGGAAGAAGUGCGGCAGCCUGUCUACGUGCUCCGACGCCGUUUUGGCCGUCGUUGAGCAAGAGCCCCAGGACGAUUUCACCUAUGUCGCAACCACAGGAAGAAGAAGAUAGACCCUUUUUGUAAGGACCCCCGCGGCUCCCCCCCAUCCCCAGCGAAUUUCAGCGACCGCGACAUCACCGCAUUGUAGAAAGAGGAACGCCGAGUGGUUCGUAGAACGAUAGAUAGAGAAGACUUUUGCGCAAGGUGGAGAGCAGACUCCUUAAGUCUAAGAAGAACAAU